GAGCUGACCGCGUAGCAUGGACUGAAGGGGGUUGUAGUUUGGCCAUGUCGACGAAGGAGGAAGAGGAGGAGAGGGAGGAGAAGGGGAAGCAGCAAAGCUCAGAGCUAGAUGACUUGCCGUCCUCCUUGAUCGUAAUCUUAGACCUCAACCAGGCAUCAUGGACAGAGAGCACGGCCAAGGGAGGUCCGACAGUGAUUGAAGCGCUCGAAAGUUUGUUGACCUUUCUGCGGGCAUUUUUCAUGCUCCAUGGAGGAAACACAGUCACUAUAAUCGCAGCUCAUCCAUAUGGCAGUGAGUUCCUCUACCAAUCGCCUGCCCUGCAGAGAAGCAAGGCGCAUGGACACCAGCAGUCAGGGGCCCUGGAGAUGGACGAGAUAGACCACAGACUGCACGAGAAGAUUGUAUCUCUUUCAAAGUCGUUGAAGUCGAAAUCCUCCCAAGAAAACUCUGACUCAAGUAUGAAGUGCUCGCUGCUGUCGUCUGCUUUCGCUCUCGCGGCCUGUACUGUCAACAGAAUCUCGUCGCACAAACUGUUGAGAAUGCUUCCGCGUGUGUUGGUGUUGACAGCGAGCACGGAACUUCCCUCGCAGUACAUCCCCAUCAUGAACUGCAUCUUUUCUAUGCAGAAAGCGAAUGUCCUCAUCGAUGCCUUGGUGGUUUCAGACGGAGACUGCUCAUUUCUCCAGCAAGCAGCUGACAUCACCAAUGGCGUCUACCUGCGGCCUGAGCUGUCCAAAGUCGGAAGCUCACCAGGAGCGCUGCUCUCUUGGAUGAUCUCGGUGUUCCUAGGAGACAAGCACACCAGGUUUCUUAAUGCAGAUUCGCAGUCGCGGUCAACCUUGCUCCGACUGCCCCAGGCGCAGGAUGUUGACUAUCGUUCGUCGUGCUUCAAGACAGGUCAGCUGGUGGAUGUUGGAUUUGUUUGCAGCGUUUGCCUAUCAAUAUUUGCCAAGUGCGAUUUCUUCAUCUGUCCCACCUGUGAUUCAAAGAUAGCGCUGGAUAGACCGGCAGGAGCUGCUGUAAACAAGAAGCGAAAAGUAGCGGCCGGUGCUCAGAAAGGAGACGAUACAAAGUGA